GACUUCAUGAUGACCGAGAAAGACGAGGUUGUCGUGGCCAUGUUCAACUGGGAGGCGCAGACAGUGGACGACCUGGACAUCAAGGAGAAUGAGCGGCUUAUACUACUGGAUGACACCGGUUUGUGGUGGCGCGUACGGAACGCCAAGAACCAGGUCGGCUACGUGCCUUCGAACUACGUCAGACGGGAGAACAGUAAAGAAGGGGAAUCAAACUACUUGCAGACGGGAAAUUCCAAUAUGGCGGCAUGCCUGAACCUCCAGCCUCAGACCGUCAACGGUCUCCUUAAACUUGACCUGAGUAACCAGGGUCUGACGUCCAUCCCGGAGGAGGUGUUUGAUAUCACUGACCUGGAGGUUCUAGAUGUGUCCAGAAACAAACUAACCAGCAUCCCGGAAGCAAUCGGCCGUCUGCAGAACCUUUCCCGUUUGGACGCUGACGGCAACAUGCUGACAAGUUUGCCACAGGCUAUCGGCUCCUUGCAGAAAAUGACGCACCUGUACAUUUAUAAUAAUCAGCUGAAAGAGGUACCUCCAGGGGUUUGUAUGCUGUCUAAUCUUCAGGUGUUGGAUGCGAAUAAUAACAAAUUUUCCACCUUCCCUCCUGAUGUCAGCAGCAACAAGCUUUCCGCCUUCCCUCCUGGCGUGGAAAAGCUACAGAAAUUGAAAGAACUGGGCAUUGCGGAUAAUAAGCUGACAAAGCUUCCACCGGGCGUUUGUUUGCUGUCUAACCUUGAGAGAUUAAUUGCUAAUCGAAAUCCCAUCGCGUAUCUCCCUGAUGACGUCACGCGACUGAAAAGGCUGAAGUUGCUUGACGUGGCUUCCUGUCAGUUUGAUGAGUUCCCCAGACAGGUGUUGCGACUGAAGACACUGGAGGAACUAUAUGCUGGACAACCCGAAGGGCGCAAGUUUGGCACUGUUCCAGACGAAUUGGGAAAUCUACAACACAUGUGGUUCUUAUCAUUGUCGCGGAACCUCCUCAGAACCCUUCCGAGCACCUUGAGUCACCUGCACAACCUGCGGGAGGUCUACCUCUCGAACAACAAGUUCGACACGUUCCCAGAAGCCCUGUGUGAACUACCUGCCAUGGAGAAACUGUACAUAAGGAACAACAACAUCACCAGGAUCCCAACCGCCCUUCACCGAGCAGACAAGCUGAAGGACUUGUGUGUUUCUGGAAACCCCCUGACAUACCCUCCACAGGACGUAUGUAAACAAGGGACCGGCGCCAUCAUGGCCUUCCUGAAACAGGAGGCUGAGAAAGAUGAGAGAAUUCUCCGUGCCUUCAACCGCCUGUCCGUGAGGAUGAGCCAAACCCAGUGGAAACCUCUCGCCCGGAGCCUGGGGCUCAGCAACAGGGCGGUGGACGCCAUCAAGGCUUCCGCUCCAGACGAUGUUCCUGACCAGGUGUACCAGACCCUGGAACAGUGGAGAGAGAAGGAAGGUGAGGCGGCCACACUUUCCGCCCUGGAGCAGCACCUCAGAGACCUGGACUUCCAGCAGCUGGCGGAGCAGCUUUUACCAGAACCCAGGACCCCAGACCGUAGAGGCCAAGAAACUGGAGCCGUCGGUUUAGUUGAUGGCCAAGAGAAAGAUGCGCUGCAGAACAGCGCGAGGAGAUACCCCAGCGUCACGGUUGACCAGAAGUUUCCCAUCAUCCAUUUUGACCGACUCGAGGAACAGUCCAUUCUCGGCCGUGGGGGGUUCGCCUACGUAAUGAAAGCCCGACAUCUGGACUGGAAGCAGGACGUGGCUGUCAAAUGUCUGUUUACUCGCCAGAUAGAAGGAAGUGAGCAAGACGUGCUGUACUCCGAGGCGAGGAAACUGAACCUGGGAAGCCGAUCAGACCACGUCAUCAGUCUGCUGGGGGUCUGUCUGGAUCCAAACUUCGCCAUCGUGAUGCCCUACAUGGAGAACGGCUCUCUGGCCGGGCUGCUGCGGGAUGUGGACGUGCCCUGGGUCCUGAGGUGGAGAAUGGCGCACGAGAUCUCCCUGGGGAUGACUUUCCUGCACUGCCAGAACCCACAGAUUCUCCACUGUGAUCUGAAGGCAGAGAACGUGCUACUGGAUGGGGACUUCCACGUGAAGAUUUCAGACUUUGGGCUGUCCAAGUGGAAAGCCGAAUCUCGUGUUGUCACCAAAACCAGCCCGGAAGGAAGCACUAUCACGCAUGCGCCACCGGAGUACUUUGCUGACAUCAACCUGGCUCCCAACACCAAGUUUGAUGUCUACAGUUUUGGGGUGCUGCUGUGGGAGAUUGUCACUAGAACACAGCCCUAUGGACUUGCUGCCAACUCGGCCCUAAUCUCCAUAGCGGUCACCAUGGGUCAACGACCUGACCUGACCCUGAUCCCCACCGACCGGGAGGACGUGACGUCAGUGAGCGAACUGAUGCAGACAUGUUGGAACCAGAACCAGGAGGACAGGCCACCGUUCGACGACUGUGCUGACAAGCUCCACCAUCUGAUCGACGGAUUUAGUCAGCAGGAGAUUCUACAGGCCAUCAGCACUGUGGUUAAGAUGAAGGCUGCAGCCAGCAAGAAGUAACAAUGCAGACGACUGUCAUGUACGAGAACGUGUCCAUCGUGGUGACUUCUCUGCUACUGUAACAGUAAUUGAGCAUUAUGUUAAGCCAUGUAAGUAUAAGUAUGGUUAUGGAGAAGAUAAGUUGUUCUUAUUGUAAUUUUCGACAGAAUCAUCAGCUGUCUGACCCAAUCGCUCUGGACACUUGACGUCAGCAAUGAGUCAAGGGUUGUCGGAAGUCCAGAGCAACCGGGUCAGAGAGCUGACGAAGACUGAGUACAAAUUCUUGAGUUGGAGGACAGUUUAACUGUAAUGUAUCAAGUCAAGUAAAGAUCCCAACAAUAGUAGCACAUCUGUUCAAUACUAUCGUUGGGAUCUUUAUUUGAUGUUUACCUAAUGUUUGAUCAGAAUCAUCACCAAGCUGUUGUUUUAAAACAACAGCUUGGUGAUCAUUCUGAUUAAACAUUCAAUGUUCUACUAAUCACAGGAACUUGUCAACUGACGUAUCAUGACGACUUCUCUGAUACUGUAAUUGAUUCUAAUUUAGAGCCAUAAUGAUUAGUAUGCCUUUUCAAUAGUUAAUAUAUGCUAGUUUGGUUUAGUUGAGAUCUAGUCUUGUGGUUGUUAAAACGUCAACUUUAUCUGCGAACAGUGGUACAGUGGUAUGAUGAUAAUUCGGCUUUAAAGCUGCCAAAUACUUGACCUGACUUUUGGCCUUUCUGUUCCUGUAAUGAGCCAUGAGCUCAUGUAGUCCAUGGACCAGGACGGUUUUUUGUACCACCGAAAGGGACCAGAGCUACUAUGGAUUUUUUAAAGCUUGCUUUCAUGGAUUAAAAUAAACUUUGGUUAUUGCAGAUUCAAAAAAUGCAUGAUAGCUCUGGUCCCUUUCAGUCGUACAAAUAUCGUCAAUUUCGGGUCCUGGCCCAUGGACUAAUAGGCUUUCAUCAUUCAUAUCAGUAACGUGUAAGGUGGUGUUGAUAACUUGACAUCGAUGUGAGCAUGAGAAAGACACUACUGAGAUAUUAUUUGCAUCUUCCUCGACAUCUAAUUCUGGUUUGUAAAAUAGGUUUAGUGGUUUAUUGGCAGGACUAGUGUGAUGAAAUGAAAUUGUUUGUAGUUUAUUGUGACUUGCUAUACUAGUAUUUUGCUCUCAUCUAACUUUUUAAAUCAUAUCAUUAUACCAUUAGAUCAUUGAUUUUAGUCCCAUACGUAUUACAUAGCGAUGUGGUAGCCUCUACCAGGCUCCGUGGUUCG